UCAGCGAGGUAGAGUUUCUAUUCAGUUGCGUUACCAAAACACCUGCGAGUGCUCUAUAGGGAGCUAUCAAUUACGUUAUUUUGCCGAAUCAUUUUUAACUUGUUUUAAAAACCCAGUUUGUGCUUUGAAUUGUACUAUUAAAAGUAGCGGCAGGGUUGGUUUGCCGAAUAUGGGGCCUCUUGCGAGUCGGGAUGUGUUUUCGUGGCUACUGGUGGCCUCGGUUCUCCAGGUGUCGAGUGUGCGCUUGGCGCAGGCCAGUUACCUGUGCACGGCAUUCCUGAACAUUUCCUACACCCCUCCUGAAACGAACCGAACCACCUGGUAUUACGAAGAAAUGGGACUCUAUGGGCAAGACUCACCCAAAGCUUCUGUCUUGGGGAAUGUGUAUUUAGCCGAUCCGACCUAUGGAUGUGACGAGAACACCGUUUAUAGACGACCGAACGAUUCCAGUGGCUGGAUCGCCUUAAUCCAACGCGGAAGCGGUUGCACUUUCAGCGAUAAAAUUAACGUCGCAGCAAUGAAGGGAGCUGCUGCUGCUAUCAUUUUCAACGACUUCGGGGCAGAAAAUCGGGUCAUUCAGAUGUCCCACCCAGGCACGAGCAUCGUUGCAGUAAUGAUUGGCAACUACCGUGGGACGGAACUGGUCCAGCUGCUAGCCAAGGGCGUGUCCGUUUCCAUAGCGAUAGAGGUCGGGAAGCAGCACGGUCCCUGGAUGAGUCACUAUUCAGUGUUUUUUGUCUCCAUCUCCUUCUUCAUCGUCACCGCGGCGACUGUUGGAUACUUCAUCUUUUACUCCGCGCGGAGACUGACCGGCCUCAGACAGCAGAACCGCAAACAGAAAAAGCUGAAAGCUGAAGCAAAAAAGGCCAUUGGCCAGCUGCAGGUCCGCACACUGAGACAAGGGGAUCAGGAGACUGGCCCCGAUGCUGAUACCUGUGCAGUUUGUAUUGACUUGUAUAAACCAGGAGAUGUACUGUCAGUUCUUACAUGCAAUCAUUUCUUCCAUAGAUCUUGCAUAGAGCCGUGGCUGCUAGAGCACAGAACCUGCCCAAUGUGCAAAUGUGACAUUCUUAAAGCCCUUGGAGUUGAGUUGGAUGAAGAGGAGCAGCCACACAUUGCAGUGCCUGAUUUCAGAUCCUUUUCUACCUCUGAGGACCUGCAGAGCGAGACAGCAUCACACACACACAGUGAGACUGCAUCCUCUGGAUAUGCAUCCAUGCAUGGAAUCGAGCACCUAGGUCCUGCUGAAGGCACACAAAAUGAUGUGCAAGAGGAGCAGUCGGUCGCGUCACCUCAGUAUGAAAAUCUUGCCUUUGAGGGCGAUGUUCACGGCCAGAGUGAAGUCAGGACCUGAGCAGCAUCAACAAACACUGAUGCAAUGUACACAUACAGAUAAAUGAAGGGUUUUGAUUUGAGGACUUUUAUUGAAGCACUGCUGAGCCCUAUUCUGAUUAGUUUCUGACUAAGUGCCUACAAAUUCUCUUUCUCUCUCUCUCUCUCUCUCUCUCGGGUCUGUCGGAGGUCACGUUUUAAUUGUCUGUGGUUAAUUCAGGAUAUGAUUUCUAAUUCAGGUUUGAUUCCCACUGUGGUUGUGUCAGGAUUUGAGACUCACGGCCUUCCAUAGGGUCAUGAUGUCAGAGCAGCUGUGGAGACAUACAGAGAGCAACAAGAGUGCUCCACCUGCUGUACAUCAGUGGACUUAAUGCAUACUGUACUUUUGCCUUUUUUUUCCGUGGCUUAUUAAAAUAUAUUGUUCCAGUUUUUAUGGAAAUGUUUAAAUUCAGAAAUAUUGUGCCUUACACACACUUAUGUAAGUCUGCAAAUGUACAUUACUCUUUGCAUAGACCUAAUGGGGCUGGUUUUAAAAUAUCUGGAUUAAGUUCGCCUGAUUUUAAUAUUUAAAUAAGAGAUGGAAAUAUUUCUUUAUUCUUUCAGAUGAAUAGUACUGACAUUAAAAUUAACUUUGUAAAUAAAAUAUUUUAUGAAAUUUA